ACACACACAGCUACGCCGUCUUUAUUUAUUUGGAUAUGGCCAUCCCACAGAUCUCAGCCAUCUCCCCCCUUCAGUUUCUGGAAGAAUGCAUCAUUGCCGGAUGAUCCGCCUUUUCGCUGGUACGAUCUUAAAAAAGGGGGGGAAAAAAAAGAAAGCCUAUCUGCGAGGAGCCCUGGAAUAAUUAUCACUGACAAGAGAGGAUACGGAAAAUUCGGUUUGCUUUAAAGAGAUCUGGUAGACUGAGUACUUUCGACAGCUCCAUAAAUCACGCCAGAGCCCAUGGGAUCGGAGCGGAUGGAGAUGCGCAAGCGGCAGACCUCGGUGCAGCAGGAGAUGCCAGGCUCUGCACAGGCCCAGCAGGCUGCUGGCAACCGCGGCUCAAAUGCCUGCUGCUUCUGCUGGUGCUGCUGCUGCAGCUGCUCAUGUCUUACUGUUAGGAAUGAAGAUGAUGAACGAGCAAGAAGGACAUCACAUGAAGGGAGAGGAGAGAGCCAGCCAAACUGUGAAGAAAGUCCAAAGCCAACAGUUGAAGAAGUGCGCUCCUGGGCACAAUCGUUUGACAAGUUAAUGAAAAGCCCUGCAGGAAGAAAUGCAUUCCGAGAAUUUUUACGAACAGAAUACAGCGAGGAGAAUAUGCUGUUCUGGUUAUCAUGUGAAGACCUAAAGAAAGAAGUCAACAAAAGUCUUAUUGAGGAGAAAGCAAGAUUAAUAUAUGAGGAUUAUAUAUCCAUCCUUUCACCUAAAGAGGUCAGCCUCGACUCCAGAGUGCGUGAAGUCAUCAACAGAAACAUGUUUGAACCCAGCCCUCACACGUUUGAUGACGCACAGCUACAGAUUUACACGUUAAUGCACAGAGACUCUUAUCCAAGAUUCAUGAGCUCUUCCAUCUACAAAAUCCUGCUUCAAUCCUUAAUCGAUACAUCGUCAGAAUCCUAGAACUUCUCUGCUUUGUUUCUGAAAAAA